AUGACAAGAGUGUGGUUUAUUACCGGUUCCUCCCGCGGUCUCGGCCUCGCAAUCACCGAAGCAGCCCUCAAACACGGAGACUCCGUCAUUGCAACCGCUCGCAAGCCAGAGCAGCUCAACAACUUGGUUAAGAAAUACGGCCCACAGAUCUUCCCCGUCGCCCUCGACGUCACAAACAACGACCAAGUCCUCGAAGCCGUCCAAGCUGGCCAUGCCAAAUUCGGCCGCAUCGAUGUCGUUGUCAAUAACGCCGGAUACGCCAACACUGCCUCCAUUGAAGAUAUCGAGAUCGACGACUUCCGUGCUCAAGUUGACGCCAACCUCAUGGGUGUAGUCUAUGUCUCCAAAGCUGUGCUCCCCAUUCUCCGUCAGCAAAGAUCCGGCCACAUCUUCCAGGUUUCUUCAAUCGGCGGGCGGAUUGGUUGCCCCGGCCUCUCAGCUUACCAAAGUGCUAAGUGGGCUGUCGGUGGGUUCUCGACGGUCCUUUCGCAGGAGGUGGCUUCUUUUGGUAUCAAGGUUACUGUCCUUGAGCCUGGUGGUACCAGGACCGACUGGUGUGGCUCGUCGAUGAAUAUUCCUCCUGUCAGCGAGCCAUACCAGAGUACGGUCGGAGCUUUUGCUGAAUUCCUUCGCGGAUUUACUGGAUCUGAGCCGUCGCUCCCGGAGAAGAUCGCCGAUAUUAUUCUUAAGCUUCUUGGUGAGAAGGAGCCUCCGCUGCGUCUUCUCGUUGGUCCUGAUGCCCUUGAACACGGUGGAAAGGGUGCUGAAGUGAUCGCCCAGUCGGAUGAGAAAUGGCGCGAGCUGAGCUUGUCUUCCGUAUAG